GAAUCCAUAGUGCAACAGGAGCUAGUAGUUGACCGAAGCUUGAAACUGAGCUUUAGUGGCAUGGAUUUUAAUUUCACUUGCAUGCGCACGCGGAGGACAGCAUGGCAGCGAUAAAACUGAAAACCAAUUUCCGUGUGGAGAACAGGAUCUCAGCAUUUUACACCGGAGGGAAAGUCCAUCUCUCUAGAGAUGGCAACCAUGUAUUCUGUGUGCAUGGAGCCAAUAUUAAUGUCAUCGAAACCACCUCUGGUAAAGUGGUACAUUCCAUCAAAGCGGAGGACUGUGAUGAUGUGACUUGCUUUGCAGUAACACCUGAUGAUGAAUUUUUAGUGGUUGCCCACAGAAACCUGUUAUUGAAGCAAUGGGACUGGAAGGAGGAGAGGUGUGUCCGAACAUGGAAGGCUAUCCACAUUGGUCCCGUUGUCAGUAUGACCUUUGACCCGACCUCCACCCUUCUAGCCACGGGGAGCAGUGACGGCACCAUCAAGUUGUGGGACAUUGUACGGCAGUACUGCACCCACAAUCUCAAGGGCUCUCAGGGAGUAGUCAGUGUGGUUGAAUUUCACCCAGAGUCAGAGAAGCUUCUGCUCUUUUCUGCCGCAGAUGACUGCAAAAUCAGAGUAUGGGAUCUCAAAACAAGCAGGUGUAAAGCUGUAUUAGAGAGCCACUACAGCGGGGUUACCAGCUUUGCCUUCACAGAGGAUGGCCAGACUAUGUACAGCGCUGGCAGGGAUAAUAUUGUCACAGUCUGGGACCUGGACUCCUACACGGUCCGGAAAACAGUUCCAGUGUACGAGCCAUUGGAGUCUGUUAUUGUGCCCCCAUCUGACGUUGACUGUAGUAAGAUCGGGAUUGCAGGCAAGAAUGCAUUUUUCAUCACAGCAGGAUCUCAAGGUGUACUUAAGGUUUGGGACGCCUCCACUGCAAAAUGUGUAUUCACCCAACAACAGCAGCUUCUCAGCCACACCCAUCAAGAAGGUCAAGAGCAAGUCCAAGCUCAAGCUGAAGUCAAAGGUCAAGCCGGGGUCAAGGGUCAAGAGCAGCAGUUACAAACACACAUCAACCAGGCGAUACUUUGCAGCGCAUUGGGGGUCAUCGCCGUGGUGACUUAUGAUCACAACAUCUUAUUAUUUGGAUUGAAGGAGUUUGAAUUGGAAAAGCAGUUUGUUGGGUACAACGAGGAGAUUUUGGACCUGUGCUUUAUGGGUGAGAAAGACUCGCACAUCGCCGUGGCCAGUAACAGCGAGCAGAUUCGUGUGUUUGAGCUUUCAUCGCUCAGCUGCCAGAUCCUUCCCGGUCACACAGAUAUCGUCCUAGCCCUGCAAGUUUUCAAAAAUGGAUCAAUGUUAGUGAGCAGUUCAAAGGAUAACACAGUUCGUGUGUGGUGCAUGGAUCCGACAUCGGGCUCAGUGCACUGUGUCGCAGUUGGCAAGGGACACACCCAUUCAGUGGGGGCUGUGGCCACUGCAAGGUUAUCCAGUUCAUUCUUUGUGAGUGGCAGUGAAGAUUGUACCAUCAAAGUCUGGACCAUUCCAUCAAACCUAUCCGCCGAGAAAACUGCAACGCCUGCUCCGCUUCACGUCAGGUUCACGGAGCGUGCUCAUGAGAAGGAUAUCAAUUCUGUUGCCGUAUCGCCAAACGACAAACUGCUGGCCACGGGCUCCCAGGACCGGACGGCCAGACUCUGGCACCUGGAGAAGGAGACUAGUCUGGGGUCAUUCAGGGGUCACCGACGGGGGAUAUGGUGUGUGCAGUUCUCCCCUACAGAUCAGGCCUUAGCGACAAGUUCAGCGGAUGGGACCAUCAGAAUCUGGGCCCUGUCAGAUUUCAGCUGUGUCAAGACGUUUGAGGGGCACGAUGCGUCUGUCUUAAAAGUCACUUUCCUUUCCAGAGGAAUGCAGUUGGUUUCAUGUGGUUCAGAUGGAUUGCUCAAACUGUGGACGAUCAAGAGCAACGAAUGCGUCAAGACGUUCGACGAGCACACCCAGAAAGUCUGGGCCCUGGCGGCCAAUAGAGGGCAGGAUUCGCUGGUCAGUGGCGGUGGAGACUCCAACAUCCUCGUCUGGAAGGACAUCACAGAGAUUGAACAAGAAGAAGAGAUUGAAAAAGAGGAAGAACAGAUUUUAAAGGAACAAGAAUUAUCAAAUUUGCUUCAUGAGAAGAAGUACCUGAAGGCGAUUGGACUAGCCAUUACCCUUAAUCAACCGUACCGAGUGCUCACAAUCAUGAAGAGCCUUCUGGAUGAGCCUGACGGGGAGCAGAAGCUGGAGAAAACGAUGAAGAAAAUGAGGCCAGAUCAAAUAGAGUCUGUGCUAGGUUUCUGCAAACACUGGAACACCAACUCCAAGCACUGCCACACGGCGCAGACGGUCAUCGCGAUCAUACUCAGGCACGUGACCCCAGAUGACCUCAUGACCUUUACCACAAUGCAGCAGACGCUGGAGGGACUGAUUCCGUACACAGAGCGUCACUUUGAGCGGAUGAAUCGUCUUCUGCAGCAGGCAAUGUUUGUGGAGUACACCUGGCAGCGAAUGCGUCGGGCCACUGGGCCUGUUGAGACUGGCUUUGUAGCCAAGAACAGCGUUGAACUUGCUGAGGGCAGUGCAUCAUUCGUCAUCGAUACAACACCAGCAGUACUGAGCCCAAGUGUCUUGGGAGGUCACGACCUGGGUCAAAGUUCAAAGGGCAAGAGUGGGGAUAGCACAGGUCACAUGAGCGAUGAUGAUGAAGAAGCAACUCAUGUUGAUGAAGAUGACAUCAAUGAUGAGGAAGUCAUUAACGAAAGGCAUUUGAAGGAAGUCACCAAUGAAAAUGAUGAAACUGACCUUCCUCAUGUAGAGAGAACAGACGCAUCCAAGGCAACUAAGAAGCCAAAAACUCCAAAAGAGAAGUCCUCCAAACGAAGGAAAACCAAGACCAACAGCGACACGGAAACCGUAACCUCACCAAAACUGACGCCGAAACUCCUCCGCAGCAAACUCAAGAAAACUGCCAAGAUGCCAAAGAAGGAUUCGAUUGGAAGCGACGGGACGACGGACGAAGGACCGAGCGACCAUGAGGAAGAAGGUGGAUUGUCAUGCAGAACUAGAAGCAGGGAUACAAGACCUUCCACAGCAAAGACGUCCAAGAAAUCUCCCGGUGCUGCAAAGAAGAGACUCGGAAAGACGCCGUCCUCUGUCAAGUCGGCCAAGAAAGCAAAAGUGGCCGGGUUGUCCAUGUCGCUUCGAUCUUAAGGUGGAUUCAAAGCAGUAUUUUUGCCCAUCACGAUCAACCUUAAUUUACAUAAUUUACUUGAAAUCCUCCGCACUGCUCCAGGAUAUCACUGGCUCUGCCUCAACAUAUUGACAGUGAUUGCUGGAGGAUUUUGCAGAAUUGAGGCAGUGGUCACCCC